UCCACUCCCUCCAACUUCUCCUCCUCUCCAAACCCUAACCCUAGAUCUCACCCAGCGCGAUGGCGGCGAUGCUCCAGCCUCAGAUCAUACUUCUAAAGGAAGGCACCGACACGUCGCAGGGCAAAGCGCAAGUAGUGAGCAACAUCAACGCCUGCACCGCCGUCGCCGACACCGUCCGUACAACUCUCGGCCCGAGGGGAAUGGACAAGCUCAUCCACGACGACAAGGGCAACACCACGAUCUCCAACGAUGGGGCUACGAUCAUGAAGCUGCUCGACAUCGUUCACCCUGCUGCCAAGAUCCUUGUCGAUAUCGCCAAGUCUCAGGACUCCGAGCCUCAGAUCAUACUUCUAAAGGAAGGCACCGACACGUCGCAGCGCAAAGCGCAAGUAGUGAGCAACAUCAACGCCUGCACCGCCGUCGCCGACACCGUCCGUACAACUCUCGGCCCGAGGGGAAUGGACAAGCUCAUCCACGACGACAAGGGCAACACCAAGAUCUCCAACGAUGGGGAUACGAUCAUGAAGCUGCUCGACAUCGUUCACCCUGCUGCCAAGAUCCUUGUCGAUAUCGCCAAGUCUCAGGACUCCGAGUUGGUUAGACCCUCGAUAGGCAACUUGGCCAUUAGCAAAGUUAAAGAGCUCUCUGUAAGCAUAGAAGGGAAGAGCCUUGAGGAAAAGAAGUCCUUAUUGGCAAAAUGUGCUGCUACAACACUAUCAUCAAAAUUAAUAGGAGGCGAAAAAGAAUUUUUUGCUGAAAUGGUUGUGGACGCUGUCCUUGCUAUUGUAAAUGAUGAUAGAUUAAAUUUACUUGGAAUAAAAAAGGUUCCAGGGGGUACUAUGAGGGAUUCAUUUCUUGUUAAUGGUGUUGCUUUCAAAAAGACAUUCUCUUAUGCUGGUUUUGAGCAGCAACCAAACAAGUUUCUGAAUCCAAAAAUCCUUCUGUUAAACAUUGAAUUAGAGUUGAAAUCAGAGAAAGAAAAUGCUGAAAUCAGACUAUCAGAUCCACUGCAGUAUCAGUCAAUAGUUGAUGCUGAGUGGAAUAUCAUCUACGACAAGUUAGAUAAGUGUGUCAAGAGUGGAGCAAAAAUCGUCCUCUCGCGAUUGGCAAUUGGCGACCUUGCAACUCAGUAUUUUGCAGAUCGAGAUAUAUUCUGCGCUGGUCGUGUAACAGAAGAAGACCUGCAAAGGGUUUCUGCUGCUACAGGUGGUACUGUACAAACUUCUGUCAACAACAUUAUCAAUGAGGUUCUGGGGUCUUGUGAUGUGUUUGAGGAGAAACAAGUUGGGAAUGAGAGGUUCAACAUAUUUAGUGGCUGCCCUUCUGGUCGGACUGCAACCAUAGUUCUCCGUGGUGGAGCAGACCAGUUCAUUGAAGAAGCUGAAAGGAGUCUGCAUGAUGCAAUAAUGAUAGUCAGAAGAGCUCUCAAGAAUUCCACUAUUGUGGCUGGUGGCGGUGCUAUUGAUAUGGAGGUUAGUCGAUAUUUACGACAACAUGCACGAACCAUAGCUGGAAAGUCACAACUGUUUAUAAAUUCAUAUGCCAAGUGUUGGAAUAAGGUGUAG